CUUUUUUUUCCCGGAUGUGGCAUCACAUGAAUUGACUGUCAACAUGCAAGAUGGCCACGCAUCACAGGCAAAAUGCUGCUGGGCGGAGAAAAGUACAGGUGUCCUAUGUCAUUAGAGAUGAGGUGGAGAAGUACAACCGGAAUGGGGUGAAUGCACUCCAGCUAGACCCUGCUCUAAACCGGCUCUUCACUGCUGGAAGAGACUCUAUCAUCCGGAUAUGGAGUGUCUACCAGCAUAAGGAUCCUUACAUUGCCUCAAUGGAGCAUCACACAGACUGGGUUAAUGACAUAGUUCUCUGUUGCAAUGGCAAAACAUUGAUAUCUGCCUCAUCAGAUACAACAGUGAAAGUAUGGAACGCACACAAAGGCUUUUGUAUGUCAACGUUACGAACACACAAGGACUAUGUGAAAGCUCUGGCCUAUGCUAAGGACAAGGAGCUCGUGGCAUCAGCAGGUCUCGACCGGCAGAUCUUCCUUUGGGAUGUGAACACACUAACAGCACUCACUGCUUCCAACAACACUGUAACCACCUCGUCACUCAGUGGAAACAAGGACUCUAUCUACAGUCUGGCUAUGAACCAGAUGGGCACGGUCAUUGUAUCCGGAUCCACUGAAAAGGUUCUGAGAGUGUGGGAUCCCCGAACAUGUGCAAAACUGAUGAAGCUUAAGGGACACACAGACAACGUGAAGUCGUUGCUGCUGAACCGGGAUGGCACUCAAUGCCUGUCGGGCAGUUCAGAUGGGACCAUCCGCCUCUGGUCACUGGGUCAGCAGAGGUGCAUCGCCACCUACCGGGUCCACGAUGAAGGGGUGUGGGCCCUGCAGGUCAAUGAGGCCUUCACACACGUGUACUCUGGAGGCAGAGACAAGAAGAUCUACUGCACUGACCUGCGUAACCCCGACAUCCGUGUGCUCAUCUGUGAGGAGAAGGCCCCGGUGCUCAAAAUGGAACUGGACAGAUCUGCUGACCCACCUCCUGCAAUCUGGGUCUCCACCACCAAGUCAUCCGUUAAUAAAUGGUCUCUAAAGGGAAUGCACAACUUCCGAUCAUCAGGGGAGUACGACAACGACUGCACUACACCUCUGACGCCGCUGUGCACUCAGCCAGAACAAGUCAUCAAGGGAGGAGCCAGUAUCAUCCAGUGCCACAUUCUGAACGACAAGAGACACAUACUCACCAAAGAUACCAACAACAAUGUUGCUUUCUGGGAUGUCCUGAAGGCUUGCAAGGGUGAAGACUUGGGGAAGGUGGAAUUUGACGAAGAGAUCAAAAAGCGCUUCAAGAUGGUCUACGUGCCAAACUGGUUCUCUGUCGACCUGAAAACCGGGAUGCUCACCAUCACGCUGGAUGAAAGCGACUGCUUCGCUGCCUGGGUGUCGGCAAAGGACGCCGGCUUUUCAAGCUCUGAUGGAUCCGACCCAAAGUUGAACCUGGGUGGACUCCUGCUCCAGGCUCUGCUAGAGUUCUGGCCCAGAACCCGCAUCAACCCCAUGGAUGAGGAAGAGAACGAGGUGAACCCCGUGAACGGGGAGCAGGAGAACAGGGUCCAGAAAGGAAAUGGAUAUUUCCAAGUGCCACCACACACGCCAGUCAUCUUUGGAGAGGCAGGAGGCAGAACUUUAUUUAGGUUGCUAUGUAGAGACUCAGGUGGAGAGACGGAGUCCAUGCUGCUGAACGAGACCGUUCCACAGUGGGUUAUAGACAUAACGGUAGAUAAAAAUAUGCCCAAAUUCAACAAAAUCCCAUUCUACCUCCAGCCCCACUCUUCCUCCGGUGCAAAAACUCUAAAGAAGGACCGCCUCUCUGCCAGCGACAUGCUCCAGGUGAGGAAGGUGAUGGAGCACGUUUACGAGAAGAUCAUCAACCUGGACAACGAGUCGCAGACCACCAGCUCCUCAGCAAACGACAAGCCGGGGGAGCAGGAGAAGGAGGAGGACAUGGCCAUGCUCGCCGAGGAGAAGAUCGAACUAAUGUGUCAAGACCAGGUUCUAGAUCCCAACAUGGACCUGCGAACAGUUAAACAUUUUAUCUGGAAGAGCGGAGGGGACUUGACGCUUCACUAUAGGCAGAAGUCCACGUGAAAAUGCUCCUUUUUAAAAAAAAAAACAAACAAGAACUCUUCGUCAUUUGCCAAUCACCACCCACCUCUGACAUGUAGUACCCUAAAAAAAAUCGUUGUGUGGUCGAGAGAAAUAUGUGAGGAAACGAAGCUCGAGGUGUAUCAUAGUGGGAAGUGACCAGAACAGGCCGGAGCAGCCAAGAGACACCGGGGACACAAGGGUCCGUAGUUUCAUCUUUUUUUUUUUUUACAGUUUGAAGAAAGGACUUUGUUUUUCCCUUUGAUUGGCGUUUUAUUUUGAAGGGACGGUAUGUGUUUGUGUCCAAGCGUGUGUGUGUGUGUGUGUGUGUGUAUGCACAUGGAUGUAGUAGACUGUUUUGUUUGUUCUAGUACAUUCCAGAAAACUGUCCUUGUUCCACAAACACUCAGCAGUAUCGGAGCACACUUGGUCUCUGGGUAGCGUCACAGUCUCUCCUCUGUUCUGCUGCCAUCUUAACUCUUAGACAUCGAAUUACCGCAGAGCUUGAAACCUCAUUGACAGAAGCACUUGUCUUUGUCGUUUAUUUCUUUUAGUUGUGCAACGGACUGAAUGUUCUUCUUUUUUUUUCUGUAAAUAUGUGUACAACUUUUUUGAUUUAAGUGACUUUCAUUUGCAGCAGUUUUAUUCUGUUGUUGUACAGUUUACUUAACAGUUUCCAAAUCCCUAGAGCACAUUCACGGUCAUUCAUUUGACUUGGAUGUUUAAAAAAUGUAGUUGUAUUUAAUACAACCCAGAAAAUUUGCAUUUUACUCUUUUAAGAAUGUUAGUGGUCGUCCAAGUCAUCUUAGCAAUGGGGGAAAUUAUAUAUAAGGUAUAUAUCUUUAAUAACAACUCAUGCUUACCCAUGGGUCAUGAGCAGUGAUGACAGAGAGGGCUCUUCCUAUUGUAUAUUUCAUUUAGAUUUAAUAGUUCAAAGAAUAUAACUUGAAGGGGAUCUAAGAGAAUAUAUAAAUAUAUCACCACCCUGGGGGGGAAUUCUCCAAAGUGAAAAAAACCCAGGAAAACCCUUUGUUUUAUUUCUCGCAGAUCUUUUCAUUGUAAAUUUUCCGCAGUUAAUUUUUGCCAUGAAGAGUGUGUAACGCCAUCACAGGAGCGGGGGGGCAUCGAGUGAGCUCUAAUUGGCCAAAAUCAUGAUGGGUACCAUAAUUAGGCCAUGCCGCUGCAAUAUCCCUUGUUGUAAUAAUUUGUGAAAUAUGUAUAUUUUAGGCAUUCAAAGAAAUAAAUUGGAAUGGUUUAACAAUGACACAUUUAUGGGGAUUGUAAAUGGAUA